GUAGAGUCAGGUGUCAAGACCAUUACAAAGCCAGUAUUUGACACACUUGAGCCUGCAUUGACUCCUUUGGAUAGGUUUGCUUGCAAUCAGUUGGACAAACUUGAACGUUCUGUUCCUUACAUUUUUGGAUCACAUACAAAAGAUCAGCCAUUGCCUGACAAGAAUGAGCAUGUGAGUAAAACAACACAUUCAUCAUUCACACCAGCCAAUGUUCAGCCAGUUCCACCAUUUAAAUUGGCUCCGGUUUCAACAAUGCACCUAUCACCAAGUCCGAGAUCUGCUCCAUAUAGCACCUCUUCAUCUUCCAGGCAUUCUGAUUUAGGUUUUAGCCCGGCCAGUUUGUCAUUGCGCUCCAAUUCAAGUGAAAAACCAUCAUCGCCUAGCUUACGGGUUGAGAGAAAACCAAGAAGCAGGCUUCAUCAGGUGGUAGUUGGUAUGGGAGUCAGCAUGGGAGUCUUUUCAAAUGACACACUUCGUGUUUUGAAAUACUGUCUGCAUUAUCUUCAACAUGCAAUCCAGAACAUUGAACGCCAAAUGGCUAUUCUUACUCACCACCUAAUACAUUCUGGUGGUUCACUCUCCCAUCUAGUUGUUGGUCACGAAGGAAGUUGGUCUGCUACUCCAGAUGCUGUUGUCACAACUAGAGGAGGAAAUUUGCUGGCUCUGCUUGAAUCUGUCAAACGUGAGAUUGUGGAGACUGUUCGUACGGUGGUUGGAAUGGUUAGCCGUCACGCUGCAAUGUAUCUUCCAGGAGAUGCUCGCCAAACUAUCCGGUCUUUUAUUCUUGAUUUGCCCAGUAGACUGGCAUCACUUACUCGCUCAACACCACCAAAUAAUUUGUCUGAACUAUCUGGAGAAGAGGUCGAGGUACAAGAAGCCCAGAGAGUACUGAAACUGGCAUCCGAAUCGUCUGCUAUGCUCAAGGGUAUAGAGCAAAUCUUUUCCCGAACGGCUGGAAUAGCAGAGCGAAUGCUCGAGCCUAGCGGAUCUACUGAUGCUGGCUCUGUUCCAAUGUCGGCAACGUCUUCAACUGGUAGCGCACAUGGACAUUACUCUACUUCCAAUGGUUCUAAUACUGCUGCUGUACGCAGAAAGCGACUCUGCACCACAACCAAAGUGUCUGGUAGUGACGAGGAUGGUGGCGAUGUAGGGUCACCAAUGAUGGAUGUGGGGGAUAACCAAUAUAUGACAACAUCGACUGAGCAAUCCAGUAAUAGUAUGGCAUCAUCCAUGGAUAUAAAUACCGAUAGAAUGGAUGUGGACAGUGCUCAACACCAUUAAGAUGCUUGUGGUUUUUAGUUUGUAAAAGUUGAGGUAGGUUGAAUAAAGGUUUACUAAU